AUGCCGGCACAGGUGCUUGGGGAGAAAAUCCAGCAGAGGCCGAGAGGCCGUCGACCCAGACGGCGAUCGCGAUCCGGUGACGGUGUCGUCCUCGCCAACCGAAAGACGGAGAUUUGCCUUCACUGGCAGACGGGAACGUGCCCGUACGGAGCGGGCAGCUGCGCCUUCGCUCACGGGCUUGGAGAACUACGGCACCCGACGCUCGACGAUGAAGCGAUUGCGAGAAGCGUGAGUGAAGACAGUGGCUCCUGCCCUUCGUCGCGAGACACGUCUCUUUCCUCCCGGUGCGGCGGGGUUAUCGGACGGGUGCCCCACUCCCCCUGUGAGCGCCGCCUGCCUACCUUCGUGGACCUCAGCACCGGAAACACCCCCGUGAGAGGUUCCCGGCACACCAGGCACUGGUCUUCCCCUGCCACGCGGUACCCCCCUGGCUACUACUCGAACGGCCAGCCCCGGACGCCACACCACCAGCGCAGCCGUUCCUACCCCUCACCGUCGUCGUCAGACUUCUCCGACAGCUACGGUUUCGGCGUGGCCGUGGACGCCCCCCCGGUGUCGCCGCAGUGCUACCGUCGGGAGGCCGCACCCCCUCGCUCCCCACGGUGCUCCUCCUUCACCGACCGCCGCCAGCGCACGUCUGCCGCGCCCGCGGCCGAGCCGCCCAGAGCGCCGCCAGGGGGGCACGGUGGAAGGGGGCGGCCAGCGCGGCGGCAGCAGCACCGCCAGCUCGAGCAGCUACCACCACUGCCGAAGGAGGUCCUCCGGUUCAUCUCCAGGAGGAGCGGGACCGACAAGUCCCUGGGCACCCACGUCGUGGGCACCGAUGGUUCAGCAGUUGGACGCGGCCAGCGCGCAGCACCAGCGAGAGGGUGGUGAUGGCUUCGGAGGCGAGGGGAGGGAGGAGAAGAGGCCCCCCGUGGCGGUCGGGCUGUUCGCUCACCAGUGGCCGUUUCAACGGGAUGGUAGCGGGGGUCUCCGGAUGGGGGUAAUUCGGGGGGGGGGGGGGGGGGGGAGCAAAGAAUAAGACCUACUGUUGAAAUUUGUCGUCUUGAUUGGGCCAUAGAGAUCGUCCUGUUCGUUGGGUGUUGCUGUAAAGGCGCCCUUUCGCGUUCAUGUGAGGAGCGUGAACGCGAGCACGACGUGUGGAGGUCUGUCUGUCUGCAGCAUUUCUCCAGGAGAAGGCGCGUCGCCUGUCCGCAGCGGCCGCGCGUGAGUGGUGGUGGUGGUGGUGGUGGUGUGCUUCAUGUUCUCUUCCUGUUCUUGGGCCGGGGGAAAGGUGACGUUUAGGUUUUUCGUUGGUCUGUGUGGGUGGUGAGAAUUGUUCUGCUGUGUCGACGGGGAUUGCUCGUUGUAGAUCGAUCAGCGAGACCCGGGGCAGUAGGAGGUGCUUCUGUUGUUAUAAGUGCGUGUGUUUUUUCUUUUGUUGUUCUUCUCUUCUAGUCAUCUGCAUUUCAUCUUGUUUUUUCGCUGUCGUUGUCGAUAUCACGCAUGCGUGCACCAUGCGUAUACAGUCGGCACGUCGGUGUGACUGCACGCACGUCUAUUUUGUCUUUCGUUUCUUCUGUGGUGCAAUGCGGUUGACGUGUCCACCGCGGGAAGCCCUCCUGUUGCCAACGAAUCACCGCAGUGUACCGUAGUGCAAGCUGCUUUGAUUCUAGAGACAACAUCAAUAGCAGUUGUAGACGUUGCAUGAAAAUGGACGUGGAUCACAACACUUCGUCCACUGAUGCUUGCUUUUGGGGCAAAACUAAUUUACGCCCAGUUUUGAUAUUCUUGGGGGGUGCACGCUAAUAUUACAAUGUGAUGCUCGGCUUUGGUCUCUAAGUCAUUAAUGACGCGCCUAAGUUGGGACAGAGAGACCGAACAUCACAGGUCGGCGGGCGGGGGGGGGGGGGUUACAGCAUGAGGGCUAACUUGGCUGUAGGGUCGGAUUGGGAACUUGAUGUCGAUUCAUUCGGGAACAUAUUAACAUGAGUCAUGUAAUGUGCGUGUAUCAGAAAAGGGCGUGAUGUCGAGGGGGGAAACACGCGAACAACACGAGAGAGACUUUUAGCUGUUGGUUUUGGGCGCCGCGCUCCGUCGAAAUUAAAGCUGGUGUUGUUUCGUUGUGUGUGCGUGUCUCAGUCCUGGCGGACUUGCCGUAUGCGUCCUCCUGACCUUGUCAGGUAUCAAAGCAGUCGCUGUACGUGACUUUUCUUUUACACUGAGCACAGCCUAUAAAUAAUUGUGGCUUGAAGAAUUUCAGUAGUGUAGGUGUUCGUGUUAUGAGGCCGCGACUAUUGGUUUAGGUGUUCAUUUUUCGGAGACCGCGUUCAAUAGAUUACACACAUAUAGCUAGUACGCAACCAAAGUGUACGGGGAGUACUGUAGGCUUGCUUUUGUACAUCCUUGGACAGGCUUGUCCGGACGCUCAUUCUGACAUCAAUCCAUCGCCCGUGUUGUGUAUUCUAGUUUCACUAUCAUGAUUAUUAAUUUUUUAGUUC